GCGAGAGGGAGGCGGUUUGCGGGUUUUGGUGCGGUACGCCGAAGUUUUGUAAAAUCACUUGGUUGUUUGUAAGCUAAAGGCAGGUCCACUGCAAUGUCUGUCAAACACAGCUGCUCAUUAUUCGACACGUUUUCAACCGGAUAAUCCCGAGUUGGCGUUUGGAUUAUUGCUCCUGCUGUGUUUUUGUAGGUAAAAAAAAAAUCAAUUCAUCGGCUUAGGCAGGACGGGAUUCACUUUCUGAGGACUUAUUCUCAACUUUUGGAAGCUGUGUUUCAACGUUCAGACUUGUAACAAGUUGCGGUUGCCAGUGGUCACACAGUUUGUGGAGACUGGAGAAGCACACGUGUAUCCUCCCUCCUCCUCCGGCUGCGCACACAUCGACCCUUCAGCGCUUUCUGGAUAAAAGUAGUUUUUUCUGUUUGGGGUUUCGCUUAAAGCAGGAAGAAAAGGUGACAGAGAACAUGUCGCUAAGCAGAAGUAUUGAAUUUGAACACUUUGAGGAACGAGAGAAGCCGCACAGGGCACCGAGAACCAACUCGGUCUCCGGGUCCCAGUCUGGCUCCAGAGGCAACGGGCUGGUCCCCAGCCCGGCGCACAGCGCGCACUGUAGUUUCUACCGCACACGUACUCUCCAGUCCCUCACAUCCGAGAGGAAGGCUAGAAAAGUGCGAUUCUAUCGCAAUGGAGACAAGUAUUUUAAAGGUCUGGUGUACGCCGUGUCCAACGACCGGUUCAGGUCUCUGGAUGCUCUGCUCAUGGAGCUCACACGGUCCCUGUCUGACAACGUCAACCUUCCUCAAGGAGUCCGGUCGUUAUACACGUUGGAUGGAGGCAGGAAGAUCACCAGUCUGGAUGAGUUAGUAGAGGGUGAGAGUUACGUGUGCGCCUCCAACGAACCCUUCCGACGUGUGGACUACGCCAAGAACGUCAACCCCAACUGGUCAGUGGGCAUCAAGACCGGCACAUCACGCUCCCUCUCCUCCCUCAUCCCGCUGAAGAAUGAACUGCAGCGGGAAUCCAAGGACUUCAUCAAACCGAAGCUCGUCACAGUCAUCCGCAGCGGUGUCAAACCCCGCAAGGCAGUUCGGAUACUGCUCAAUAAGAAGACGGCACACUCCUUUGAGCAGGUGCUCACUGACAUCACGGAUGCUAUCAAGUUGGACUCUGGAGCUGUGAGGAGACUUUACACUUUGGAGGGCAGGCAGAUUACCUGCCUGCAGGACUUCUUUGGGGACGAUGAUGUGUUCAUAGCGUGCGGCCCAGAGAAGUACCGCUAUGCCCAGGAUGACUUUGUGUUGGAUCACAGCGGUAAGGCUUCCACAGCCUUUAUGACUGAAUGCAGAGUGCUGAAGUCAUCGUACAGCCGCUCUGCUACUCCAAACCGAACAGCUAAGAGCCCUGGACCUUCACGACGCAGCAAGUCCCCUGGUGCAGCAAGGCGACCUGUCCACUACUCCACCAGUCAGUCUCCAAUCAAAUCCCCAGUAAAUGGUGUCUCAAAUAGUCAGAUCUCAACUCCGAAGUCCACCAAGUCCUCCACUCCGUCUCCCACCAGCCCCCGAACCAUCCCCAGUUUUAAGAUACCUCCAUCACAUCACAGUUCCUCCCCGAAUGUAAAUGGCUCGUUGAACAACCACCAAGAGCAAAGCAAUCGACUGAGUCCAGAGGCAGUUAAUGGUAACCGUUACCUGCCUGCCUUCACCAUUUUGGAAAAAUACAAAGUUGGGAAGGUCAUUGGAGAUGGCAACUUUGCUGUGGUCAAGGAGUGUGUGGAGAGGUCCACAGGAAAAGAGUUUGCACUGAAGAUCAUCGACAAGGCCAAGUGCAGUGGAAAGGAGCACCUCAUCGAGAAUGAGGUGGCAGUGCUGCGGAAAGUGAAACACCCCAACAUCAUCAUGUUGAUUGAGGAGGUGGACACUCCCUCUGAACUGUACCUGGUCAUGGAGCUUGUCAAGGGAGGGGAUUUAUUUGAUGCCAUCACCUCCUCGGCCAAAUACACAGAAAGAGACGCCAGCAUCAUGGUGUACAACCUCGCCGGAGCUCUGAAGUACCUGCACAGCAUGAACAUCGUCCACAGAGAUAUUAAACCAGAGAACCUGCUGGUGUUUGAGUACCCAGAUGGCAUCAAGUCACUGAAGCUUGGGGACUUUGGCCUGGCCACAGUAGUGGAGGGACCCCUGUAUACCGUAUGUGGCACUCCUACAUAUGUGGCUCCAGAAAUCAUCGCAGAGUCUGGUUAUGGUCUGAAGGUGGAUAUCUGGGCUGCAGGUGUCAUCACCUACAUCCUUCUGUGUGGUUUCCCUCCGUUUAGAAGUGAGAGUAACUUGCAAGAGGACCUGUUUGACCAGAUCCUUCUGGGGCGACUGGACUUCCCCAGUCCUUACUGGGACAACAUCACCGACUCAGCCAAGGAGCUGAUCGGAAAGAUGCUGCAGGUCAACAUGGAGGCUCGAUACACAGCACAAGAUGUCCUCUCCCACCCAUGGGUCACGGACGAUGCAGUUAUGGAGAACAACAUGAAGAUGGAGGUGACAGGUAAACUGCAGACGCACUUUAACACUGCGCCAAAGCACAACAACACCACAGCUGGUGUGGCGGUCAUCAUGAACACAGCUCUAGAUAAAGAAGCCUUCCAGCUCACCGCCCGUCGUUGUCCAGAUCCCCAAACAGCUUGCAACAAAGUCCCAUCUGCCCUCCCAAUCAAACCAGCCUCACCGACAAAGCCAGGACCAGCUUCUCCAACCAAACAAGCGUCAAGCACCAAAGUAUCAAAACCCGCCAAGCUGACAUCACCCAGCAAGACCACCGUGACUGCUGUGCCUGAUUCUAAUCCUCCCUGCUCUCAACCCCAGAAUGAAAAUGACCCAUUACCUUCUAAGCUUCACUUCCCUCCCUCUGCUCCUGUAAGUUCGCUUCAGUUCUCCCCUUCAUCCUCCACUGAAACUUUCCCCAUCACCUCUUUGCCGGUAGCAUUCCCUCCUGAAAUAAGAACAUCACCCACAUCACCCUCUGCUGCUCCCUGCUUAUCUCUAGAAGCUCCCUUGCCCUCAGGCCCUCUUGGUCUUUUCACCUGCACAACUCCCUCUACACCUGUCUCCUGUCCCUCCCCAUCUUCUCCUACCAAAGAUGUGACACCCCAGUCUUCCUCUCCCACAAAGCAAGCUUCCCCGUCCCCCAUCUCCCCUGUCAAACCUGCUGUAUUCCUCCCUCUCUCUUCCCCGACCAAACAAGAAGCUUCCUCCCCUUCUCCAAUCCAUCCAACCCUGUUUCCUUCUCCUCCCUCUACACCUCCCAGAUCCACAACCCCACUCUCCCCAGCUGGCCCUCCUUCUUCCAGCCCUCUACCUGCUGAAGAGCUCAUGGAGAAGGUUUAAAAGCCUGGGCUCUGUAGCCAGUUUCACCCUCCACUUGUCACGUAUGUAUCAUUAGACAUGGGAUGAGGAGAAUUAACAUCCACCAUGAGCAUUUCCAGUAGCUGUAAACUGAGCCAGUGACUGCAGUGUCCACAUCUUUUCCUCUCAUUCUUAUCCCACACAAUUUCCAAGAUGGAGGAUACCAGGCAUUUUCUAAGAGUUUGUUGAUUGUAUAUAUAGGUUUGUAUUUAUUAAUGGAGGAUGUGGAGAAAGGGAAUGAAUUGAAUAUCACUGUUCUGAGUGGUUGUCUUUGGAAGUCAUGCAUUACUGUAUCACAUUAAUGUGAAUUCUCUCCUUUAUUUAUUAUCCCAUUUUGACUGCCUGUGGCUCUUUUUGUAAAUAGAUAUUCAUUACACACAAACACCCCAAUGUGGUGUUCCUUUGAUUUAGCAGAGAGACAGUUCUGUCCAUAAGACAACUAUUUCAGCAUAUCAGUCGUCUCAACUUGCUAGCCUAGCUACCUUUAGUGCACAACCCUUGGUACAAUUAUAUGUCACUAAGCUAACAAUAACCACUAUUAGUACUUUCUCUGGCAACAGCAAUCUACUCCUAUGAAGUGUUACUACAAACAUAAUGUACAGAGGCUGGACAAAAUAAGGGUAAUACCUACCAAAGAACCAAGCAGAUAAUUAUAAUAAUAAGUAAGGCACUACUUAGCCUGUUUACCAUUUCAACAACUUUAAAAAACACGGAAACAAACAAGACAACUUUCUGUUGCUUCUUGUGCAGUUGCUCCCAACCUUUUUACCUUGUGAUCCCUCAAAACAAAGAGUUCUGUACUGACUCCUCAUCAUAAACUGCAUGUCUAUGCAUAGUGACCAUUUCAACCAAAGAUUCAAAUUGUUUCAUAUAAAAACAUUCAGGGGUCUGAAGAUAUAAAAUUGUCCAUGAACUAAUUAAUUGUUUGAGUGUGUUUUUCUGUUUUUCUUUCAUCUUAAUUAUCAGAUUUAUCCUGCGACCCUUUAGGUUGUCUUGACCCACAGGUUGGGAACCACUGCUUUUGAGUUGUCUAGCCAUGCAAAUAGUUUUGGGUUAAUUUGCAGUGGUUAUGAGAUAUCAUUGAGAAUUUUGUUUGUGGUCCUCAGAGUUAAAAUUAAAAAAAAAAAAAAAGAUCCUAUAGCAGAAACACUAUACCCAAUACUCAACAAUUCACGGAAACAAAUCAAUCAGAAGUAAUUUGUACUUCAGACAAGGCUCCUGUGAAUGUCAGUAGUGAGGUCUGUGAAUUAUACAGAGAAACUGUCCAGAACAUUGUUUCUGGAAACAGAUGUUGCAGUUGAAUAUUUUAAGUGUAAAUCUUUCAUGCUGUAAGUACAACAAACAAAAUUCCAUCCAGAAAUUUCAGAGGAGAGUAUCUCAAAAAUCCAGUCAAAUAAAAAGAAUAUGUGUAAACGUCCAUUUGGUAGAUUAUUUUGUACACCCUCUGUAACUGACUGACACAUUCAUUCACACACUGACUGUAUGUAUUCUAUGUGAACUCUAGUUGUAUAUAGUAUGAAGAACCUUAGCUGUCCACCUUACACUUGAAGGUUUGUUUAUUGCCUGUGUGCGUCUGAGCAGCCAUGACCCUCAAAGUCAUAACUGUAGUACAUAACAUUAGAGAAAAUACUGUGGAUCCAACAGACAUGAAACUAAACUGUAGGCCUGUUUCUCAAAGCUGAACUGCUUAUUGCUACAACUUUAAAACUGCUCAGACAAGAUGCACUUUCUGGUUUUAGUUGGUUCCCAAUGACGACACUACACUGCAUCAAACUCGUCAACACCGGUCCUCUAAAUAUUCAGUCAAUAUUUUUUUUUUUCGAUAUGUUGGAUUUACACAGUAAGAAUGAAUGUGUUGUCAAGGUGACAGGUUUGUGCCUCACCACUGGCUAACAGCUCAUAGCUUAAUUAUGCCUUUAUGAAAUCCAGCUUGGCUGAAAAAUGGGAUCCCAAAAUUGUGCAUCCUACAUUCAUUUCUAAGUGUUUUGUUUUGUCCUUGUUUGUACCUGUUUUAAACUUCACAGCAUUUAUCCCAGCUGGUGUUAGUAGGGCUAACUCCUCCUGUGGUUCAACAUGUCUCUUUAUCUCUUCAGAACUUUCAGCUGCAUGAAUACUCAUCUCCCUUUUACUGGCUCCCUGUAAGUCAACCCCCCCCCCACACACACACAGACACAGUUAAUUUGGUCAUUUAGCUUCUCUUAUGUAGUUGAAGUAGAAUGUUAUAGCAGUUUGUAAAGGGAAUUUGUAUGAAGACAGUUUUAAAACAGGUAAAUCAACUGUGUCAAACUGGAGAAAUGGUUUUUAAUAGGCAUAGAGUGGCUGCUUUUAAUGUCCCACUAUUUUGAAACGGCAGAGAGCAAAAAAUAAAAAAUGCAAUAAAGACUUGAAAUUAA